UCUUCGAUCUCACAACCCUCAUAGUUCAUCACGACGAAAAGAAACCCCUCCAUAUAUCGACACCAGAAAGGGAUCUAAUCUAGACAAGACCACCAGCAGCCAAAAACACGCCAUGGAUCUGCUUUCAAGUAUCCGCAAGACUGGUUCCAGAGGAGGCGUCAACUUUAGCUGGGAUGAAGUCGCAAGCUCUUCACAUCGCGAAAACUAUCUCGGCCACAGUCUCAAAGCACCUGUUGGACGCUGGCAAAAAGGUCGCGAUCUCAACUGGUACGCUAAAGCCGAAGACGACUCUGGAGAACCCAAUGAAGAUGGCGAGACCGAGGAGGAGCGUCGAGAGAGAGAACGAAAGGAGGAAUUGCGCAAAAUCAAGGAGGCUGAGGAGGACGCUAUCGCAAAAGCCCUGGGUUUGCCACCCCCUGUACGAAACUCUUCUGGUGCGAAUGCAGUAGAGGUUGAUCCCAGUAAACGAAAGGUUGGUUCGGAAAGCGGCCCUCCUGAGGAAGCUGGGAACGAAAAGAGGGAGAGCUCAAGACGCCAUGACGACACCGAGAGACGAGAACGACGAAGGCGUCGAAGUCACGAUCGGGGUCAUGAUCGCGAGCGCCGCCAUCGACGACACAGGAGGAGCCGAAGUCGAGACCGUGAUGGAGGCAGGGAACGAGAUGAGGAUGGACCAAGGCACAGACACAGAGAUAGGGAUGGUGAUAGGGAAAGUAGCCAUGGCCAUAGGCGUCACCGUGAGGCUCAUCGAAGAGGAGGUCCUGAGGAAGACGAACGACGACACAGGGAUAGGAGCAGGGAACGCCGCCGAUCGAGAUCGAGAGAUAGACGCAGACGUAGUGCCAGUCCUAGGCCUCAUCGUCGAGACUAAAGUCACAGCUUCUGGCCUUGAACUCAUUAGUCGAAUAUAAGAUACCCCUCCCAGAGAAAUCAAGGGAAAGCGUCAAGUCACCAUUUGUAUCCAUCUUGCGUCCAAAUCAAUGAGUCAAUUCUUUGCGCUUCCCAUAUAGAAGGAAGUUUGCAUACUUUUAAAGCUCUCUACCUGACCUAACGCCAUACCAAACCACUGUUGUUACACCCAUACUAUUACACGAUUAGGACUGGCUAAGGGGUUGGCCGUCCUUGGCCUUCUGAGCACCGUACUUCUCCAAUCGGAUAGACUGGAUAGCAAUGAAGCCAGUGCUGUCCAUGGGAGAAAAGGUGUCAAGGCUGUCCAUUGAAGCAUCCUCCUGGGAGUAGAGGCUGCUGGUCUCGCUGGAUCGUCCAAGGACGUAAACAUUGCCCUUGUACGCACGGAGGCGGACCUGACCGUUGAUACCCUUUUGAGCAGAAACGAUUGCCUCAUCGAGCCACUCACGCUCAGGGGAGAAGUACAUGCCAUUGUAAAGGCACUGGGACCACUCGAUAGUCACAAAUUGAUCUCGAAGCUUGCGGACCUUGGAGUCGAGGACAAGACCCUCGAGAUCGACGUGAGCAAGGCGGGCGAUGGUGAGACCAGGGGUGUCGUAGCAUCCUCGGCUCUUGAGCCCAAUCCAUCGGUUCUCGACACUGUUUAACUGUAAGCAUAGUGUUAUGCUACAAAUCAAUGGUGAAAGUGGACGUACAUGUCAAUUCGGCCGACGCCGUGGUCGUGACCAAUCUUGUUAAGCAGCUUGAACAGCUCUACCGAGUCGGUAGCCUCUUGGUCAGGGGUAGCAACCUUGACAGGGAGACCCUUCUCGAAGUACACGGUGAAGUCGAGAGGCUUGUCAGGAGCCUCAAGAGGAUCGACAGUCUGGGUCCAAAGGUCCUUAGGAGGAGUGUGAUCGGGGUCUUCGAGAAUACCAGCCUCGUACGAGCAAUGAACGAGGUUCUCGUCUUGGCUCCAAGGAGCCUUGGGGGUCGAUGAAACAGGGAUGUUGUUCUCGGCGGCGAACUUGAGGAGGUCCUGUCGACCCUGGAACUUCUCACAGAAUUCGGGGAGUCGCCAGGGGGCGAUGACCUUAAUGGAAGGGUUGCAAGCCUUGAAGGCGAGCUCGAAACGAACUUGACUAAGGGGCUCUGUCAGUGAUCUAUGAAUUAGAUUUUUUUCGUAAUGGAAAGUGUCAUACUCGUUCUGCGGCAUGUUAGCAGGUGGUUCUCAAAGUCUGACGGUUUUACUUACGCCUUUGCCUGUGCAGCCGUGGCUCAAAAGAUUGCAGUUGUACUUCUCAGCAACGCGGACCUGGGCGCGAGCGAUGACAGGUCGGGCCAGAGCAGUUCCAAGGAGGUAUCGGUCCUCAUAGAUGGCAUUGCACUGGAUUGCUCGGAAAACGAUCUGCUCGACGAACUCCUUCUGAAGGUUCUCGAUGAUCAUGCGCUCCGCGCCGAGAGCGAGGGCCUUCUUUUCGACAGCAUCGAAGUCCUCGACCUGACCAACAUCGGCGAGGAAGCACUAAAGAAUGUCAGAUUGAACCUGGAGAAGCAGCUGGAGGAGUUUCACAUACCACAACCUCAUAGCCCUCGAGAAUGAGCCAUUUUAAGAUAGUCGAGGUAUCGAGACCUUGGCUAAAUGUUAGCAAUAAAUCUCACAUUUAAUCACUCCAGGUGCAGU